GUCCGUCUGUCAAAUAUUCGGCGUUUAUCGUAUUUGUCAUCGCCACGUAAUUUGUGUACGUUGUGUGGUGUGUUUUCGUUCGCUUGGACCGGAAAAUUUUGUUUUUCGGUUUUUUUCUAUAAAAUAAUAGAAAUUUUACUAGAUACAGUUACUAAAGAUUUGUUCAAUACACAGCAAAACUUCGCAAUGGAUUUGAUGGUUCGCUACAUUUCCCCAGUCAAUCCAGCUGUGUUUCCACACCUGGCCAGUGUACUGCUGUUGAUAGGCACUUUCUUCACGGCGUGGUUCUUCGUGUUCGAGGUGUCCAGGCCUAAGGCCGGUGGCAAGGAGAGCGUCAUUUUUAAGGAGUUGCUUAUCUCGUUAUUUGCUUCGAUUUUUCUCGGAUUCGGAGUACUGUUUCUGCUGCUCUCCGUUGGAAUAUACGUAUAAAAGUAUAAACUGGUUCCCGACUGUUUACUGGGAAUCGUUUUCAGUUCUCACCUUAAACUUCACCAAGCUAUCUGUGUGUGGUAACAUUCUAGCGGUUUCACCGCCCUGCCAAUUAAAAGCAUUUCAUUCUUUGAAACUGCAUUUCCGCCGCUAUGGGUGCGGUCUGUAGAAAUUGGCUUGCUCUGAUAAGAUUACAAAUAGGUUAAUAAAAUAAUUGUGUACACCAA